AUCCUGUUUUCCAGCAUCACCCAACUGACAACACACACACACUUUCUCUUCUUGAACAACUAUUCACAAAGAUAUAUUGACGCACACGAAUUCACACUUUUCAACCCUCCAAACCUUCUCCAUAUGAUACUUUACUCACAAAAUCUGCAUUCUUUCCCUUUUAUUUUCACUCUCCAUUCGGUUUUUACCCCCAAUUUAUUUUCUAAUUAGGUUUGUUUCAUUCUCUUCAACUGCUGCAAUGGCGAUUCAAGCUCAUCACAUAAGCAACUCCUCAGGAUUUGUGUUUGGUGGAUGCCAAGACGAGAAUGCUUACGGAUUAAACAAUCUCCGCUGCUACAACGAUCAUCGUCUCUCUAUCCCUCACAUCGUCUCCGCUCAAUUCGAGACUCAACGAUUCGAGAUUCAUCACUACCUCAACACACAGAACGAGAGAUUGCGAAUGGCGCUGCAGGAGCAGACGGCGCUCCUGCUGAGGAGCUACGAAUCCAAGAUUCAGUCUCUGCUGAAGCAGAGAGACGACGAGAUCUCGAGAGCGGGGAGGAGGAAAAUGGAGCUGGAGGAGUGCGUGAGGAGGAUGGAGAUGGAGAGGGUGACGUGGCAGCGAUUGGCGCAGGAGGGCGAGGCGACGGCGGCGUCGCUGAGGGCGCGGAUGAAGGAGGCGGGGUCGUGCUGCGUCGAGAGAGAGAGGGAACCGAGGAAGAUGGUUUGCAGAUGCUGCAAUUCUAGGAAAUCGUGCGUGAUAAUGCUGCCGUGCAGGCAUCUGUGCUCAUGCACAGAUUGCGAUGCCUUUCUCGAUUGCUGCCCUGUUUGCAAUGUCGCCAAGAAAGCAACUUUGGAAGCUCUGCUUUGACAUUUUCAGCUAAUUCAUUUUAUUCAAAUAAGUAUUAGUUUUUGGUUUUUGAUCUUGUUCAUAAUGAUGUGCAUCGGAUUUAUUUAUUAAAUUAGGUUUUAGUUGUAGAGAAUACUAACUUUGGAGCAAUCGAUGAUGUGUAUAUUGUCAUUUGUCA